AUGGCGGCGCGCGCGGCGGCCUGGGCUGCCGCGUUCGCGGCCUGCGUCGCCGGCGGCGUCAGACCCGCGGCGCCGCGGCGCGACCGACGCGCCGACGUCGACGUCAGCGCGGCCAUGGAGCUGUUCCGACGCACGCGCGCCCGCGCGCCGCUCCUCGACGAUUCCAAGACGCCGCGGCGCCUCGGGUCCUUCACGACGAACGUGAGCGUCGACGCCUUCGACGCGACCUGGGAACACGUGCGCAACAUCGUCGAGGCCAUCCUCGUGAAGGAGGUCUGGAUGACGCUCAAGAGCAUGGUCACGUUCGCGGAGACGGCGGUCACGUUCCAGCUCCACGGCUACUGCGGCUCGGCGACGUCCCUCGACGACUACGACGCGCUCAUCGACCCGGCCAUGAUGGCGCAGGCGGCCGUCGAGCGCCGGUCGCAGUGCAACGAGAUCGGGCGCCAGCUCGUGUGGACGCAGCUCGAGGCCAUCGGCCUCGACGCGUACUACGUGUGCCUCGCCAACGGCGAGUACUGGGAGUACACGAACGCCUUCUUCCAGGCGCACGCGGUCUACGGCGCGGCGCAGAACGUCACGAACGACCACAUCUUCCACGGGGACUGCGCGGCGGCCUGCGCGGCGAAAAACGUCACGGAGUUCUGCUUCUGCUACUACGAGACCGACGCGCUCGGCGCGCCGACGGGCCUCUUCGAGGGCGACGCGCACGUCCAGGUCCGCGACUGCCGCAACUCCACGGUGUCCUACGCGGCGCCCAUGGCCGCCGCGGCGCCGACGUGGAGCCUGCCGGUCUUCGGCGACUGCGACGGCUGCCCGGCCGAGGGCGCCAUCGUCGCGGCGACGCGCCUCGCGGACGGCGGCGGCAACCCGCUGGGCGUCGUCGCGACGGACAUGUCCAUGGCGAGCUUCACGCGCUACCUGUCCUUCUUCACGUCGCUCUACGCGCCGCACGCGCUCACGUUCAUCGUCUCGGGCGAGGGCGGCCGCAUCGCCGCCGGCGGCUACCUCGUGGGCACGUCGGAGGGCGACCCUAUCGUCGCCGUCGACGACGACGGCAGGCGCACGCGCAUCCUCGCCGCCGAGUCGGCCAACGGCGUCGUCGCGGACGCCGUGGCCUUCUUCGCGGGCAUGGACGACUACGUCGACGAGCGCGUCUACGUCCGCGACGGCGUCUUCGUGCGGGCCGUGGCGCUCUACAUGGGCGAGCACCAGGGCGCCAUCGACUGGCACAUCGUCUACGUCCAGGGCGUGGCCUGCGCGGCCGGCGACGUCAUGGACCCCGACCUCGAGCGGUGCGAGCCGUGCGAGUACCCGUACCUGAGCCGGGACCAGGUCGACUGCAACAUGUGCCGCGAGGGCUACUACUACGUCCCCUGCGAGAUCGGCUCGGCCUACGAGCCGGGCGUCGGCUGCGUGGCCUGCGCGGCGGGCGAGACGUGCCCGGCGGGCCGCGACGACGUCGGCGUCUGCGAGGCCUGCCCGUCGCGCGCGAGCUGCCCCGAGGGCACGGAGAUCGGCACGCUGGAGCUCGACCGGGGCUGGUGGCGCCCGGACCGCGACGCGCUCGACUUCUUCAAGUGCGCGGUCCGCGCGGCGUGCGUCGGCGGCGCGAUCGACGAGCGGGCCGUCGAGCUCUGCGACGGCGCGUACAAGGGCCGGCUCUGCAGCGUCUGCCGGGGCUACGCCUGGAAGACCAUGGGGGGCAAGUGCCGGCCCUGCACGCUCCUCGACGCCGCCAAGUCCGUCGUCCUCUACUUUCUGGGCCUCGUCGCCGUCGUCGUGCUCCUGCUGUCGCUCUCGGUGACGGAGCUGCCGGGCCACGCGGUGCGGAAGCGCCGCAAGGGCGUGCUCGUCGCCGCCGCCUCGGACGCCGCCGAGGACGCCAAGACGGAGGAGGACGCCGCCGAGGAGGACGCGGCCGAGCCGGCGGACGACGCGGGCGUUCCGGCGACGGCGCGCUACGUGCGGCGCAUGCUCGACGUGAUCAAGCCGGCGCCCUUCGCCCGGACGAUGCGCGCGUUCCGGCCGCCCGACGCCGCCGUCUCCGCCGCGCGCCUCGAGGAGCUCUACCGCGUCUUCGAGCGGCCGCUGCCGGCGAACGGCGCGUCGACGGCCGAGCAGGAGCAGCGCGUCCGCGUCAUGCGGCUGACGACGAAGCUCCGGCUCAAGUGGAAGUCGCUCUUCGUGACCAUGCAGAUUCUGGGCACGACGGCGGUCAACGCCUUCUCCUGGCCGCCCAUCUUCGGCACGCUCGUCAACAUCGCGAACGUGCUCAACAAACCGAGCUUCCUCGGCGCGCUGACGUGCGCCGUGGACCUCACGCCGGGCCGCAUGACGUUCUACAGCGGCUACGUGGCGACGACGCUGGGCCCCAUCGUCGCCAUCGCCCUGUUCUGGCUCGGCCUGCGCUACGGCGCGUCCGAGCGGACGCGGCGCCGCUACAGCGCGACGGCGUUCGCCGUCGUCGUCGUCUACUGCAUCUUCCCGGGCGUCUGCUCGCUCGUCGUGCGCUACUGGCGCUGCCGGAGCUUCAUGGAGGCCGGGAGGACGUACCUCGUCGACGACCUGAGCAUCGCGUGCGCGGGCGGCGUCUACCGGACCUGGGAGGUCUACGCGGUGCUCAUGGUCUUCGUCUGGCCCGUCGGCGCGCCCCUCUUCCUCUACGCGCUGUGCUGGCGCCACCGGAACCGCAUCGACCCCUUCGGGUUCCACAAGGGCGUCGACCUCGAGCGGGCGGCGCUCCACCUCGGCGUGAGCCCGCGCGAGCUCCUCGACCGCGCGGACGCGAUCCGCGAGAACGACCCCGUCAUCGGGCCGACGCGCAUGAUCUGGAUCCCCUACGAGCCCGAGUUCUGGUACUUCGAGUCCCUGGAGACCGUGCGGCGGCUGGGGUACACCGUGGCGUCGGCCGUGAUCCCCGAGGGCGGCAUGCUCCUCGUGCUCCUCGUCUUCCUCACGUGCGCGUCCCUGAAGGCCUACGGCGGGCUCCGGCCCUUCGACGACGACUCGGACAACCUGCUGGCGGAGAACUUGAGCUGGCUGCUGCUGGCCAUCUACCUCAUCGCCAUCGCGUGCGUGUUGCGGGACGACGAGACGUCCUGGGGCGUCGACGUCUGCCUGAACUCGCUCGUCGCGCUCGCCUUCGCGUACGGCAUCGCCGUCGUCGCCGCGGACCUCACGCGGGAGCGGAAGAUCGUCGCGAUUAUCUGGCGGCGGGCGCUCAAGGCCGGGCCCUACCUGCUCGGCCGCCUCCGUCGAGCGCGGGUCCUCGAGCGCGGGUCCGUCGACAGCGCCGAGCGCCGGGACCUCGAGCCCCGGGACCUCGAGCGGACGCGCGAGGACGAGCCCGCGGCGGAACCCGAGGCCGGCGCGCGGCCCGCGCUCCGCCCGGAGUCGCCGACGUGCCUCGGGACUGCGAAUCCGCUCGAGGAGGCGGAGACGCCGCGAGCGCCAGUGGCGUAA